AUGAGAAUGGAAGAGUAUUUAAACACCAUAUACCCAAAUUCAAACACCUACUACCAAACAAAAAAAAAAAAAAACACCAUGUUCACCCUCCAAAUCCACACGGUCGACUCUCCACAACCUCUUCCGAUCACCAUCGCCGCCUCUUCCUCCGCCGCACACGGCCCAAACCCUAACACCAGCAGCAGUAAUCUUAGCACUCUAAACCUAUCGGAACUUAGAGGGAUUGUACAUCUAUUCCGCCAGCUUCCCUCUUCCAACCCUAUUUCCAACCCUAUUUCCCGAACCACCACCGUCUUCAUUGUUGCUGUCCCUAAUUACCUAUCCACUGAUGAUUUCCUUCUCUUUUGUGGGACCCAUCUUGCCGAUUUCUCACAUGUCAUGUUCCUCAAGAAUGAUGGAGUAGAACAUAGUUACAGUGUGUUGAUCAAUCUUGUUGAUCAAUUGGCUGCUGACGGGUUUUACUGUAGCUUCAAUGGCAAAAGGUUUAAGCCUACUGAGGCUGAGGUUUGUCAUAUUUACUUUAUUCAAUCAGUGGAAUACGCAGAGUCGUCAUAUAUUGCAAGCACACCUCCUGUUGGUUAUACUGAAUUGCCAACAUGUCCCGUGUGUCUUGAAAGACUGGACCAAGAUACAAGCGGAAUACAAAGUACACUUUGUGACCAUUCAUUUCAAUGCUCCUGUGUCUCAAAGUGGACCUAUUUGGCAUGCCAAGUGUGUCGACUUUGUCAGCAGCAAGAUGAGAGGCCUACCUGUUCAGAGUGUGGAACAGUGAAGAAUAUUUAUGUUUGUCUGAUUUGUGGUUUCGUAGGUUGUGGAAGAUAUGAGAAAAGGCAUGCAAUAAAACAUUGGAGUGAUGCAAAACAUCAUUAUUCACUUGAAUUAGAAACCCAACAAAUCUGGGACUAUGUAGGGGACAAGUAUGUCCAUCGGUUGAAUCAAUCGAAAGGUGAUAGUAAGUUGGUUAGUGUUAAUUCUCGUUGUACCGCACCUGAUGGAGAAUGUACUACUUGCGGCCAUGAUGAGGAUUCAAGUCUUAGUGGUGCCCUUUUCAGCAGCAAAGUUGAUUCGAUUGUAGAUGAGUACAACAAUCUUCUUGCUAGUCAGCUGGAGACUCAAAGACAACAUUAUGAAUCUCUACUAGCUGAGGCAAAAAGCGGAAAGGAGAGUUCAAUAUCCAGAGCGGUGGAGAAGGCAGUUUUCUCAAAUAUGAAUGACUUGCAGGCUAAGAUAGAUAUGUAUACAGAGGAGUCGAAGUCUGUUGCCGAGAGGAAUCAAAUGCUUCUGAAAAAACAAGAGCUUUUGCAGACAAAGUAUAGAGAAACAGAAGAAAGGGAAAGGUUAUUACUCAAGUCGAGGGACGAGAAAAUACUGGACCUUGAGGAACAGAUACGGGACUUAAAAGUUUAUGUGGAAGCCCAGAGAAAACUUUCAAACAUGGGAAUUUCAGAUGGGAAAGGAGGGACAGUUCUAGCUGUUGAACCCAACAAGCAAUCUUCCAGCAAUUCUCAAAGACGAAAAAAGCAAGGUCGAAAAUGGAACUAGUAGCAAUGGUUUAUUCUCUGCUCCUGUAUUAUAUCAGUUUUGAGCAAAAAGCGUUGACAGUUUGUAAAUUCAUGAAGUUGGUCUAAUGAAUUCUUCUUCGAGACA